AUGGGCUUGUUCUGGGCUACCCCUACAAAUACAGAUUCAAAUUCGAACUCAAGCACAACUAAGACAUCUGGCAGUAAGCUAGAAUUGGAAUCCAAUUGUCCUUAUUUAAAAGGGAAAAAUAGCAGUAAAGAUAACGCUAAUGUCAGCACUACUCCAUUUGAAAAUAUUUUACAGAGGCAAAACAAUAGUAUAUCCAAUGAAGCAAACAACCAAGAUUCGCUAGACCCUUUAAAUCACUUGCCAAAAGAUCUUUCUUUAUCAGAAUUACCUGGGCAAUCAAUAGAUCUUCCAAAGGAAAGAAGCAUUUCGUCAAUCCCCAAGGGUAAUACAAACACUCUAUGGGAAUAUCCUUCUCCACAGCAGAUGUAUAACGCUAUGGUCAGAAAGGGUAAGAUAGACGUUUCUACUGGUGAAGAGAUUGAGAAAGAAACUGUUAUCUCUAUGGUUGACGUUCAUAAUUUUUUAAACGAAGGUUGUUGGGAUGAAAUAUUGAAAUGGGAAAAACCUUACACUGAAAAAUCAAAUUAUAAGCCAACUCUAUUAAAGUUUAUAGGUAAGCCAGAUCAAUAUUCUCCCAGAGCAAAAGCUAUCCAUUAUUUGAGUAUGAUUCUACCUAAUCAUUUUUCUAAUGAAUUACCAUUUGAUAGACAUGAUUGGUUUGUUCUUAGAAAAACUGAUCCAAAUACCCCAAUAGAUCAAGGCACGACUACAAAUGCAUCAGUAGAUGGUGUUACUCCAGGUUUCAAAGUGAUUAGAUAUGUUAUUGAUUUCUAUGGCGGUCCAGAUGACAAAAAUGGUAUGCCAACCUUCAAUUUAGAUGUAAGGCCAGCUCUCGAUUCAUUGACUAAUGUUUGCGAUAGAUUUAACCACCAAUAUCAACGGUUUAAUCAAAAAAGAUCUAUUGAUCCAAAAAAAUCAUAA